UGUGAGCUGUGUACAGACAGGGAGGUAGGGCUGGGAGAAGAGGGAGCAGGGUAGCACAAGCUGACUUUCUCCCAGUCUCCUUGUAACAGAGAGGAGAGGCAGACACCCAUAGACACACACACAGAAGAUACACACAGAAGAUACAUACACACAGCGAUCUGUGUCCUCUCCCCAUGCACUCAGCUCCUCAUGCUUCACCCUCCUGGGCUCCUAGGAUCUGAACUCUUCUUCUCACCAUCACUAGUACUUCUUGGCAAGAUUGGAAAGCAAGCUUCUCUUUCUCAGAGGAUUGGUCUCCGUUCAUCUGAUACACAAGCACACCUAUUUUUGUGUUUAUUUUUAGGAUUCUUUUUUUUUUUUAUUGAUCUGUCACCAAGGAUUAAUGAAGCCAGGACAAGUCAGCGGUGGUUAGUUCCUAUGGGCGUUGGGGGUAUGAGCUCCUUGUGACUUCCGACACAUCCAUGCACUUCCAAGUGUAACUAGUGCCAGGCGCUCGCGGUGCUCAACAAAGUGGAGUUGUGCCCAGCUGUACGGAGCCGGCUUUGUGUGCCUCCUUGUAGGAUGAGGAAGGGGCUGGAGACUGCCAGCUGUGGGCUCAGGCUGGGAUACAUCCUGCAAAUGUGUUUCCUACCUGCCCUGGCCAUACUUACCGCCGGCAGCACCUUCGCCGCUCAAGAAUUUUCCAGACCCGGCCUGCAGGACCCCAGACCAGAUGAUGAUUUUUUUCAUGAACUCCCAGAGACGUUUCCUUCAGAUCCACCAGAGCCGUUGCCUCAUUUUCUUAUUGAACCGGACGAGGCCUACAUAGUAAAAAACAAACCGGUGAACUUGUACUGUAAAGCCAGUCCAGCCACUCAAAUCUACUUCAAGUGCAACAGCGAGUGGGUUCAUCAGAAAGACCAUGUGGUGGAUGAAAGAGUGGAUGAAACCUCAGUCAAAGCCCACAGAGGACGUUUGGGGAGUACUGAGUUCCCAGAAAGGCCCUCCCCUUCAGGUUUAAUAGUCCGAGAAGUAAGCAUUGAAAUAUCACGACAACAAGUAGAGGAACUGUUUGGGCUGGAAGACUACUGGUGUCAGUGUGUUGCCUGGAGUUCUGCGGGAACAACCAAGAGCAGAAAAGCCUAUGUGAGGAUAGCAUAUUUACGGAAGACUUUUGAACAAGAACCUCUUGGGAAGGAAGUAUCUUUGGAACAGGAAGUUCUUUUGCAAUGUCGUCCACCAGAAGGGAUCCCAGUAGCUGAGGUGGAGUGGUUGAAAAAUGAGGAUAUCAUCGAUCCUGUGGAAGAUCGGAAUUUUUACAUUACAAUUGAUCAUAACCUCAUCAUCAAACAAGCAAGGCUCUCAGACACUGCCAAUUAUACAUGUGUUGCCAAAAACAUUGUGGCCAAAAGAAGAAGUACGACAGCUACAGUAAUCGUAUAUGUGAAUGGAGGGUGGUCUACGUGGACAGAGUGGUCUGCAUGCAGCAACCGCUGUGGAAAAGGCUUCCAAAAGCGAACAAGAAUGUGUACAAAUCCUGCACCCUUGAAUGGCGGAUCUGUCUGUGAUGGACAAAGUGUUCAGAAAAUAAGCUGCAACACAAUGUGCCCAGAGGAUGGAGAAUGGACUGCAUGGAGCAAAUGGUCUACCUGUGGGACAGAGUGCACACAUUGGCGUCGUAGGGACUGUACAAACCCCCCACCUAGAAAUGGAGGAAAAGACUGCGAUGGUCCUGUUUUACAGUCAAAAAACUGCACUGAUGGAUUAUGUAUGCUAAGCCCAAUUUACCCUCUUUCACCCAGAACCCAUGAGCAGAAAACAGAAAAAGAAAUUGGAAAUCCUUCUGCUCCAAGCUCAGACAACGUAGCCCUGUAUGUUGGGAUUGUCAUUGCUGUCAUCGUUUGCCUGGCCAUCUCAGUCAUCAUUGCUUUGUUUGUCUAUCGGAAGAACCAUCGCGGUUUUGAGUCUGACAUCAUUGACACUUCUGCACUAAAUGGCGGGUUCCAGGCUGUCAACAUUAAAGCUGCAAGACAAGAUCUCCUGGCAAUUCCUCCAGACCUAACAUCAGCAGCGGCAAUGUACAGAGGACCUGUGUAUGCCCUCCACGAUGUAUCUGAUAAGAUACCAAUGACUAAUUCACCUCUCCUCGACCCUCUUCCCAAUUUGAAAAUUAAAGUGUACAAUUCAUCUGGUGCCGUAACGCCUCAAGAUGAUCUUUCGGAUUAUUCAUCAAAACUUUCUCCUCAAAUUACUCAGUCUUUACUGGAAAAUGACACUCUAAACACAAAGAACCAGAGCCUAGCAAGGCAGACAGAUCCAUCCUGCACUGCUUUUGGAACAUUUAACUCACUGGGUGGACACCUGAUCAUACCCAAUUCAGGCGUGAGCUUGCUGAUUCCUGCUGGGGCAGUACCUCAGGGAAGAGUGUAUGAAAUGUAUGUCACUGUUCACAGAAAGGAGAACAUGAGGCCACCCAUAGAAGACAGUCAGACACUUCUAACUACUGUCGUAACUUGUGGGCCACCGGGAGCACUGAUGACUAGACCAGCCAUUAUUACGAUGCAUCACUGUGCAGAGACGGAUUCAGAAGACUGGAAAAUCCAGCUGAAAGAGCAAACUAUACAAGGCCAAUGGGAGGAUGUUGUAGUUGUGGGAGAAGAGAAUUUUACCACACCUUGUUACAUCCAGAUGGAUUCAGAAGCCUGUCAUAUCCUCACAGAAACAUUAAGCACCUAUGCACUGGUGGGACAAUCUACAAGCAAAUCAUCAGCAAAGAGACUCAAAUUAGCUAUAUUUGGGCCAAUAUCCUGCACAUCUCUGGAGUACAACAUCCGGGUUUACUGCUUAGAUGAUACUCAGGAUGCACUUAAGGAAGUGUUACAGCAGGAAAGGAAAGUUGGAGGACAGUUACUUGAUGAGCCUAAAACUCUUCACUUUAAAGGAAGCACCCAUAACCUCCGCCUGUCCAUUCAUGACAUCACACACUCACUCUGGAAAAGUAAAUUGCUAGCCAAAUAUCAGGAAAUCCCAUUCUAUCAGGUUUGGAGUGGGUGCCAAAGGAAUCUUCAAUGCACCUUCACUCUGGAACGCUUCAGUCUCAGCACUGUUGACUUAUCCUGCAAGCUAUGUGUCAGGCAGGUAGAAGGGGAAGGACAGAUUUUCCAACUAAACUGUACAGCAUCAGAGGAACCAAGCUGUAUUAUUGAGUAUCCUCUCAUGGAUUCAGCGAGUACCAUUACCACCAUUGUAGGACCAAGUGCUUUCAGUAUUCCUCUAACUAUUCGGCAGAAGCUCUGCAGCAGCCUAGACGCUCCCCAGACUCGAGGCCAUGACUGGAGGUUGCUGGCUCACAAACUCAACUUAGACAGGUAUCUCAAUUAUUUUGCUACCAAACCUAGUCCGACCGGAGUGAUCUUAGAUCUGUGGGAAGCGCAAAACUACCCGGAUGGGAACCUGAGCACGCUGGCUGCAGUCUUAGAAGAGAUGGGCAGACAUGAGACUGUGGUAUCUCUGACAACAGAAUAUUGAUUCUACUUAGAAAAAUAUCAAGACAGAGGAGCUAAUAAAGACAAAGUUACCAAGGGAAAAAAAGGAACAUACUGAAAAGAAAUACUGACCAAUGAGUUUUACUACUUAUAUUAAAACAAAGACUUUGAUAUAAACCUUCUUGUAUAUUAACACAGAAAUGAAAAGGAAAACAAAAACAUGCAAAGCUGUAUUUCAAAUAUUAUAAACCAACCUAAUGCUCAUUCAGUGUGUGGCUUGGUAUAGGAUUUUACAGUUUCCUAGGAAACGAAAAUGUAUUGCUAUCCAGAUACAUGGAUAAACGUUACUAUACAAUCCCAGCUCCAAUGGACACUGUUUACAUCCACAAAUGGACUGGGGUUAUUGAUGCUGUCCAAUGACUAUUUAUAUAUUUUGUGCAAGCCAUCUAAGUGAAAUUUUUGUGCCAGUCCAGGGUAUUUUUUUAGGAAAGCUACAGUAUUUUAUUUUCAGUGGAAUUAAGAACGAUUGCACUGAUUACACCAUCAAGUGUCAUGUUUCCUGACUCUCCCUGUCCCAUUGCAGGGUACACUACGUUAUGGCUAAGCAGAUACCAACUGAAUUAAUGUCAACACCAUCUUUUGUUCAUCAAAUAACAAUUCUGAUCUUAAAGUCAUAAUAAUGUGGAGAAAGAUACAACUUGGUACUGAAAGAUAUGCCUUUUUUUGCUUUUUUUUUUCAUUUGAUUACUUUUUUACAUUGUCUUGGUAGACAUUCAGGAUCCAUUUGGGAAACAUCGUCUACCAUUGUCUGACUAUUAUUUGAAAUUUUUAUCCUACACUUUAUGAAAUAUAAAUUCACAAUGUGGUACUAUGUUUUAUUUACCUGCUAUGCUCGUUUGCUCCAUUAUUACAUGCAUUUUUCAACAUUAGGUAUUAAAAAGUCAUUUAUUUUAAAAACAGGGAAUUUUAACAAAAUGUGUUUGUGUCUAAGAUGGUCAUGUGUGAUGCAAAAAAUGAUCUUCUGUUUCAGCAAGCAACAUGCUUAAAAAUAGUUAAGCCUGCUUUAAAGCUUGUCUAAAGAUAGAGCAAGCAAAUUCAUUAAAGUUGGCCUUUACUGAAAUGUUGAACUACAAAUUUUAUAACAGCCUUUCUGAGAUGGAUAGAUAAAGUAUAUUACAGAAUCUGAAAUACACCUUCCUGGAAAAGUACUGCUAUAAGCUCCAACCCAUUCUGCUUAUAUAAUCAGUAACGCAGGCACUUAGUUGGGUAAUUGAUGAAUAAGCGGAGGAUCAGCAUAUACAUGGGUUGAUCUUCCUCUUAUGUGACCAAAGGCAUGAGAGCCUGGAGGUAUGCUAGAGCAGAAUUUUCUCCAUUACCAUUCAUUUAUCCACCCCUACAAGACUAUGACAUACCUUUAAAUUGAUAAAUACGGUAGGUGUGGUUUAGGAUCAGCAUUCAACACACCUAGACUAACAGCUUCUUAAUUUGUAAAUGCUUGAUGAAGCUAAUACUGUUUAAAGAAGCCUUUAUAAACUAAGAUUAAACAAUCCCUGAGUUUUUCAGGCCCGAGAUGGACAGACUUUAGGGAAGGAACACAUACUUUAAAAUGCAGGCACACCUUUUGUGUUAUUAUGACUGAACUUGCUAUGUCUACAUAUAUGAAUCAAAUAUUAAAUAGCUGCCAUAACAGUUA